AUGCAUUUGCGUGCUCAUUAUGCUCAUACCGUGGAGGUCGGAGUCUCAGAAGCCUGCUCCCCAGCACUGCACAGUGUAUGCACUGAUACGCACGGAUCCUGGAUUGGACUAGAGCUCGGACAGCCGCAACGGCCAAGGAAUCUCUCGGACUACGAGGGGGAACUCUCGAGGUCGCCGUCAAGGCCAGCCAAGCGAAGGGGCGGACCUAGGUCUCGGUCCCCGGAGCGAGUGCCGCCAACGCAGUUCGAGGACUACGAGCCGGCCGGGGAUGGCAGUGGCUGGUACGUCUACAAGAAGACGGGAAAGUGGAAGUUUCACCCGGAGACGGGUUUGUAUUUCCAUUUGAAAACACAGGUGUACUACACGCCGAAGGAAAGCGAUAACCGCUUCUUCAGAAGGAUCGACGAUGACGACGAUCCUCUGGUGAGGAAAAUGAAGCAGUCUGAGGAGAUGCGAAAAGCCAUCUCAAAGACAGAGUUCGUGAAGUUUGAGGUGGAAGGAGCUCAGGGUGAUGAUGGCCCCGCCGUUGCCCAAGAGCCGGCGCCGGCGCCGAAGGCGCCCGAGAAGGAGGAGGACGUUCGGAUGGAGGGCCGGGUCAACAAGUGGGACUCGGAGAAGGGCUUCGGCUUCAUCAUGCCUGCGGGGAAAGAGGAGGGCGGAGAAGUCGGCAAAGGCUGCCUCUUCGUCCACCGGAAGUUCAUUGUGGGCAGCACGCCGACGAACCCAAUAAAUCUAAAAGAAGGUGUGAAGGUCAGCUUCAAGCAAGGCACGCAGGACAGCAAGCCCUGCGCGCUGGAGGUGUUGAUGCUGGGUGCAGAUGGCAAGCCACUUCCCAUCCAUGCUGGCGCACAGACGCUGGAGGAGAAGAAGAAGAGCUACCACGUCUCGGCUGAGUCGCUGGGCCUGCGUGUGCACUGCGAAAGCUGGCCUGGUCUCAAGAAGACCCUUCAGGACCGAUAUGUCCUGGACGAGCCGCUUGAGGAGCUUGGCGUCUAUUUCGCCGUCCUCGAUGGCCACGGGGGAACUCAGGUGGCGGACAUGGUGAAGGAGAAACUCCACAAGAAUGUCCUCCAGCAAAUGAGGCAGAAACAGGUGCAGCCUGCUUCUCGGGACGAGAAGAUAAAGCUGGCCAUUAAGGAGGCUUUCCUCCAAACAGACAAGGAGAUUUUGGCCCUCGCAGAGCGCAAGAAGUGGACUGCUAAGAUGGAGCACUUGUCGUGCAAGGGUCAGGAGCAUCAGAUCACCUGGCAAGAGUUAGCGAAGUUGGGGACCGCCCUGCGUUUGGCCUGCCUGGCUAGCCUUUGUUUGCAGCCGUCGCGGCUUCUUCGGGCAGAAGCUGGUAUGAGUUUCAAGAUGUUUCAAGGUUUGAUCAUGACCGUCAUGACCUGCUCAGCUGAUGUGUUUGAUGCUGACAGGUGGUGUCAAACCUCGGAGAUUCGCGGGCCGUGCUCUGCUUGGGCCGCAGUCUUCGAUGCCACAUGUCGCAUGAAGAACUCCUCCAACUCUCCAGCUCCCCCCUCUUUCCGCUCUCCGGCCAGGUUUCGACUCAUGGUCAAUCAGUCUUCGUACUGCGCUUGGUCGCUGCGAGCGGCCUUUGUGCAGGCCGUGCCAGCCUCCGAGGAUCACCGGCCAACUCGAAUCGAUGAGCCGCCUCGGCACGGAUUCGGUCUCGUACGGCGGGAUCCAGUUGCACUGGCAUCCAAGCAGCUCCUUGCAAUUGGCUACAGUAUCCGUGUCGGUAGGAAUCAAAGCAAGUCUCGCUUCCAGGGCCUGGCGAUGACCCGAUCUUUUGGAGAUCUGCCGGGUGCUUGGGAGCCGGAGAUAGCGGAGCAUUUCAAGCGGCCCAUCGGAUUGGCCAUUGCAGAGCCGGAAGUUCGGAUUGUUCCUCUUUCGGACAAGGACCUCUUUAUAGUCUUGGCGACGGACGGCGUCUACGACGUCCUCAGCAACCAGGAAGUUAUCGACCUGGCCAUGAGGCACUGGCGGGAACCCGAAGAAGCCGCAAAGAACAUUGUCCGAUCAGCCUACAAACGCGGGAGCGAGGACAACCUGACCGUCUUGGUGGUGCAAUUUGGUGGGACCAGCUGA